AUGACAUGGAUUGACAAUCAGGAAGCUGUUGAUUGUGUUUGCUGCUAUGUUCCAAAAAAUGAAACUAUUCAAUAUGUGUUUGUAGAAGGGAAGGUUGCUGAAUACAUAUGGAAGGCAAAUGGGAGCUUCUCUUGGAAUAAAUCAUCAGCACAUACCUAUAAGGGGCUUACUGAAUUACUGCCUGUUACUAAUGUGUUUAAACUUAACAUUGAUGGUAGUUAUUACAAAAACACUGAAAAAGAUGGAAUAGGGGGAGUGGUAAGGAAUGAGUAUGGUGAUUUCAUUGUGGCAUUCACCAUCCCAGUGCAGUGCAGCAGCAGUAACCAAGCAGAAGCAAUGGCUAUCAGAUUUGGUGUAAAAUGGUGCAAGCAAAAUGGUUAUAUGAACGUACAUGUGGAACUGGACAGCAUGAUCAUUGCAAAUAUGUUGAACAACAAGGAUACCAACAAUCUCAAGCUUAAACACCGUGUGAGGAGUACCACCAAGUUGUUGAAUGGCACUAAUCAUUGCAUAUCUCACUGUUACAGAGAAGUUAACAAAGUCGAUUUUAUGGCUAAACUAGCUACUACAAGUAGUAACAAAACCUUCUAUCAAUCUCUUCAAUAG